AAAGAAUUAGAAAAGGCAGCUUUUCAAUUAAAGAAGUCUUGGUUUAUGGAUUAUCGUUCUAACGGACAGACAUACAAACCGUUCACAUAAAUAGCUUCUUAAUUACAAUUUCAUAUAUGUAAUUCUAGCGUCAUGCUAUUCAAAAUAUGCUACCACCAGCACCAUCAUAAUAAUAAUAGUAAUAAGCGACGUGACUACUUAGCCAGAAUGAGAUUUAUUGAUUUUUGCGAGCGAGGCAUAAUACCCGGCAUGCGGGAUGUGCCGGGUUGCCUGUUUUUUUCGGAUCUGAUGAUGGCAUAUGUAGCUCGUGACUGGACUACUGGACUAGUGUAACCGUAUCCCUCCCGUAUUUUCCUAAUCCUCCUCUUCUUUUUCUAUACUGUCCUCGUUCACACACACUUUAUUACUUUCCAGGACUGUUGUAGAUGACGAUGGGGGAUAUUUCAUUGUGAUGGUUUUUGAUGGUUUUUACGGAGGAACAGCGUAGUAGUCGUAGUAGAAAGGAAGUAGUGGAAGUAAUGACAAUAUUUCCUUUGAGUUGGUAGAAGGGAAGUCAGACAAACGCUGCUGUUACUCACUUACACACGUCCCUUUUCAUUCAUUCAUGGUUUCCGAAAAGAAGGUUUAGAUCCAGCUUGGUGGAUAGUUGAGAUAUUUUGAAAAUAAGGAUUACAUCUGAUUCCGUUAUGCAACAUUUGUGUGAAUAUUUGUUGGGCGAAAAGUACAGACAGAAAGUGAUACGAGAAGCUAAAUGUCACGGAAAUGUCAAAUCGGCAUAAGCUAGGCAUCCUGCAACUCUAGCAUUUCUUACUACUCUUGGACUGGACUUGCGUAAAGUGUGUGAAUUUUGGUGAAUAUUGUGACAUGGUCAUUAGUUAACAUUGGUGGUGGUGGAAAUAAAUUGAAAUUCACUUGUACGCCAAUACGGAUAAGAAAGAAAUGGAGAGACGAGCCCCGUUGGCAUCGCUGGACGACUUUUCCUUCAUCUCCUACUAUUCGCCCGCUGCGGGAAAGAAGGGUCCGGGCGGAGGAGGGGAACCCUUCUCGUCGCCCCUCUUGAAGAAAAAUGGGCACGGCGCGAACGGAGGGGGAGGAGGCAGACGACACGAGAGUUUACCUGAAAAUAAUGAUAACUUUGAAAACCUUGCUAAAUAUAAUGCCUCCAGAAAACUGAGGCCUUUAAUUAAAGUGCCUCGAGAUAGGUUCAAUAUCGUGUACUUGAUCUUGAUCAUACACGGGGUAGGAACUCUCAUGCCGUGGAAUAUGUUCAUCACUGCGAAAGCGUAUUUCGUGGAUUACAAAUUGAGCAAAGGGUACACGGGUACGGAGUCUGAAUAUGCGAACAACUUCAUGCCUUACCUCGGCUUUGCGUCUCAAAUCCCCAACGUAUUCUUCAACUGGCUCAACAUUUUUAUUCAAAUUGGUGGGAGCUUAAAAACCAGAAUCGUGUGGUCCAUCGUAGUGGAAGUGAUUUUGUUCAUUUUCACCAUCGUGCUUGCAAUGUUGGACACAUCCGCGUUUCCUGGACUUUUCUUCUGGAUGACGAUGGGCUCCGUUGUGAUUAUCAACAUGGCUGGAGGUAUUUUUCAAAACUCGGUGUACGGCAUCGCUGCAAAGUUGGACUAUUCGGGUGCCGUUGUGUUGGGAUCAAACAUAUCUGGAACAUUCACCUCCAUCAUCAACCUCAUCUCACUGGCGACCGCGCCAUCCGAGCGAACAGCGGCCAUUUACUAUUUCAUAACUGCCUUAUUCAUCCUCUUGACAUGUUUCGAUACCUAUUUCGCACUCCCACUGAACAAAUUCUAUCGCUACCAUGAACUAAUGAGUGCCAAAGAGCAAGAGUCGAAACGCAGCGUGGGUCACGUAGGACAGAAGACGCCGUACAUGGCCAUUCUGAAAAAGUGCUUUCCUCAAUGCAUCAACGUGUUUCUGGUUUUCUUCGUGACGCUGACAAUUUUCCCAACUGUGCACUCGGAUAUCCAAAUGGUGGAUAGUAACUUUAUAAUUCCAGCCAAGUACUUCGUCGGAGUGACGUGUUUCCUGACGUUCAAUUUCUUUGCCAUGGUUGGAAACAUGAUACCUGCUCUUGUCCAAUGGCCUGGCCCAAAAUACUUAUGGAUCGCUGUCGUUCUCCGCUUCCUUUUCAUCCCAUUCUUCAUCCUGUGCAACUACCAACCGCUCGGCCACGACCGCGUUUUUCUGCCCGACUUCAUGUUCGGCGACUGGACUUAUUGGAUUGGCGGAGUUCUGCUUGGCCUCACCAGCGGAUACUUUAGCUCCCUCUCGAUGAUGUAUUGUCCAAGAACCGUUGAAAACGAACACGCACCUAUCGCUGGAAUGUUUGCAGCGGCUUUCCUCAUAACAGGAAUCUUUGCUGGGAUAAACUUCUCUAUUCUGAUUCCCAAGUUCGUCUCGACUGUCCAGCUUUAAAAGUCGAUACAAAAUCAAUCUUGUUUUUUUUUGUGAGGAUUGGAACUUUUAAAAUUUUACUACGACCCACGACAAUCAUUACUAUUAUUGUUAUGAAUCCUUCUCCGUUCAUGAAUAAUGAAUAAUCACGAAUAUUCAUGAUUAUCAUGUAUCUUUGUUUUCUUAUGUAUCUGAAAGCUUUAAUGAGUACUAAGAGGAGGAUGUUGAUAUGUGCCUUCUUUUUUGAAAAAAAACUUGAAUUCCUGUCAUGAAUAAUUUUUUAACAAUGUUGUUGUACUACUCAUUCACAGAGUGAGUACUAGACUGACUUUUCUUGGUUAAUUUUAAUCUUUAGUAAGUAUUUAUAAUGUUUAAUUAGUAUUAGAAAAAUAUGCGCUUCCAUUAACCAAUUAACUUAACUAACCCGUUUCAACUAACUUCUGGUCAGGAUCACAGUUCUUAUGGGAUUGUUGUUAAAAAAGUAUAUAUCUCAACUUAAUAGUCAGUUUUCAAUUGUCACACUUGUGAGACAAUAAGGAUCACAAAGGAUUAAGUGGUCGAUAUUAUUGACUGAAAAGUAUGAAAAAAAGUUUCUCGCUAAAAAUAUAUACUGUAAACUACUCUUGUCAGGUUUACUUGGUAGACUGACUUUUUAAAUUAUUAACCAUGUAUAACGAAGUAAAGAAAGGACCAGGAUUUUACAACAGAAAAACAAACUUUAACUUUUUGCAGAUUGGUAUUAAGGUAUAAAUUCUUAACUGUAACUUACUGUAGCCCAGGACUAAUUAGCAAAUUGUCUUAAUUAUUACGUUGAAAGUCUUCCUACUCCUCGCCGACAACGAUGUCAUUAUUUAUGACGCCAUACAACGCGAGAAAGUCUUUGUCUGCUGUGUAUCUAGAUCUUUUUUAGUAUUUGCUGACGAGUAAUAGAGGACGAAGUGAAACGACAAAAAAGGGGGAAUAAUUUUUAACGAGGGUGAUGUAUCGCUUAUUAAGUGAAUUAGAAAACUGUGCAGAUUUCUUACCCGAGAUCUCUCCCGUGUUCUGUUCUUUACUAAUUUAUGUACUUAUGCAUACAUAUGCUUGGCGAUGAUGAAACACUUACUGAAAAGGAACAGAGGUAAGUACGUAUGUUUAGAGUUAUUUACGAAUAGUCCCUUAGGGACGAACAGCAGGUAGACGUUUUAGGAUAAGCCAAAUGUGGAUUUUGUGUACUGCAAAUUUUUAACAAUUGACGUACUUUUGAUGUAUUAGCUGAAAGAGUAGAGAGAAUGGUUACUUGAUAUUCUGAUCAGGUACCGGUGCUUACACCAGUGCUGAAUUGUUCUCGAGUGAAAAUUAUUAUGACUUACGGAGGAAAAUAUGCAUUGUUUUUGUGUUAUGAAGUUUAAAAGUAAAAAAAUAAAUAAAGCUAUUUACAAGAAAUUAA